UUCCGGUGGAAAUGCCUAUCUUCGUACGAGAACAUAUGAACUAUUGGUACAGCUUGAAGGCAUAUUAUUUAGCCAAAUCUCUAGCUGACGUUCCCUUUCAAAUAUUCUUCCCCGUGGCAUACGGUGGCAUAGUAUACUGGAUGACAGAGCAACCAGCGGAAGCACUCCGUUUUUUCCUGUUCUUGGGUAUCUGCAUCCUCACCUCCCUCGUUGGACAGUCCUUAGGCCUCGUGAUUGGAGCUGCAACUUCUCUGCAGGUCGCCGUAUUCCUCGGACCUGUUACUGGCAUUCCUAUCCUCUUGUUUUCCGGAUUCUUCCUCAGUCUUGAUAUGAUACCCAACUAUUUGCAGUGGCUUUCUUACGUUUCGUUUACACGAUAUUCCUUUUCUGGUGCCCUUAAGGUCAUCUAUGCUCUAAACCGAACCCAUCUGGACUGUACCCGUCGACGCCGAUCCGGUACGCAUUUUCCCUGCGUUCGGGAACCUUCACUUGUGAUCGAAGCACUCAACGCAGGGCACCACGAAGUCUAUGUGGACUAUUUGGUUCUUGUCCUCUUUUUUGUCGCACUCCGAUUGCUUGGCUACUUCAUCCUGCGUUGGCGUAUUAGGGGACAUCGAUAAUAACACAAAAUGCCAUCAAAAAGGAACGAGUUAUCAUACUCAAACUUACUUCCACUGAGCUGAAUGCAUUUCGUAACUACUAUUUCUCCGGUUUUGUUUGUAUAAGCCCAUUUGUGAACUCGAAAUUUCAAGCGUUUGUAUGGCGGGUCUUUGGCACACAAUGAAAGCGACUGAUGAGUGCGUUGGACCUACCGACAGCUGGAUUCAUUCAAGCACACUUCCGUAUUUAUAAAAUUCCAAACUUACUUGUUUUCGCAGAAAAACCCAUAUUCACUGGUCUCUUGACAGGCAACAUAAAUAUAUUAUUUUUUAUACUGC